CUCCACCCCAGCUACGUCCACCACCCCAUUGAUUGCCCUCGACUCUGGUCUUUCCUACGAUUAUACUCAUCUGAUUGAUCUACACCCCCCGAUUCAAUGAGCCCCAUCAGCAGCCUCUGGUUCAAGUGGAAAAGCCUCCGCCUCCCGUGGCGAAAAUCCUUCCUCGUCGGCCAAGACCUGCGAGGCAACACAUUCUGGGAAUUCAAAGAUGCGCUGAACGCCGGACGAUUCCGGCGCAUCGUGAAAUUUGACCCGAAGACGCAUUUCGCCGAUGUCCAAGUGACACCGCAAUGGCACCAAUGGCUCCGUCACGUCCGUCGCGAGCCGCCCUCCAUCCAAGAACAGCAGCAGGAUGUCCUCCGCCAAAUGCAGAUCAAGCAGUUGGCGCGUCUGGCCGAUGAGCGCUGGGCUAGCAAGCCCUCUUAUCUGGAUAAGCCUGCGACGAAUGCUACGCCUGCGCCUGCGACUGCCAACCCUGCCGACGCAGUAACAGCACCGGCAGCGACACCAGCAGCACCAGCAUCGACGCCCGACGCGCCUGCGGCCCAGGAGAGUCUCCCUCAGCAACAGACAAACCCCGCUGCUGGCACAGAGACCAAACCCAAAACGGACGACACUACCACCACCACCAAGAAAGACAAAGAUCCCUGGGCGGCUGCUGGCAAGGGCGGACCGAGCGAGAAAUGGGAGCCAGCACCUUGGACGCCGAGUGCGGCCCGGCGGUGAUCGACCUUUUUUUUUUUUUUAAAGAAAAAAAGAAAAAAACAAUAAGAAAAACAUCUUCGUGUUCCUGGGGUGAAAUAUCGUGUCUGGGAAAAGUAGCGCCUCGA